AACGACGAUAUGAAGGAGUUUCCUGAGGUCACUGCUGCCGUUACCAAAGAUGUUGGCGAUGUCGAGAAUGCAGGCGCUCGCAACCACACCAAGCGAGGUCUUUCUUCUCGUCAAGUGCAGUUCCUCGCUCUUGGUUUGUCAAUCUCAGCUGGCAUAAUCGUAUCUCGACUGACUAUCAUGCANGGCGGUGCCAUCGGUACUGGCUUGUUCGUUGGAAGUGGAGCUACUCUCUCAGCUGUCGGCCCUGCCCCACUGCUUAUGGGAUAUGUGGUGAUGAGUUUUGUCGUUUAUGGAGUCAUGAAUGUCCUUGCUGAGAUGACUACCUAUCUUCCUCUUGAGGGGUUGAGUGUACCUUACUUCGUCAAUCGCUUUGUGGACCCCAGUCUUGCUUUCGCUAUGGGAUGGAACUACUGGUACACCUUUGCCAUGUUGCUUGCCGCCGAAGUCACCGCAGCUGCAAUCAUCAUUCAGUACUGGACCGAAAGUGUACCCGUCGCCGUAUGGAUCCUCAUCAUCCUGCUUGUCAUUCUCGCAUUGAACAUCAUCGCUGUCUCCUUCUUUGGCGAAGCCGAGUUCUGGUUCGCCUCAAUCAAACUGCUGGCAAUCAUUGGUUUGAUCAUUCUUGGUGUCGUGCUUUUCUUUGGUGGUGGCCCGAACCAUGAUCGACUUGGUUUCCGUUAUUGGAAGGAGCCUGUAAGCGUGCUCAUAUCACAACAUCCUUUCAACCCAUUCGUCGCCAAAGGCAACGGUGGCAAGUUCCUCGCCUUCUGGUACGCCUUCAUCAAGUCCGGUUUCGCUUUCAUCAUGUCACCCGAACUCAUCGUGACCGCCGCCGGAGAAGCCGAAGCCCCUCGUCGCAACAUCCCCAAAGCCGCCAACCGCUUCAUCUACCGUCUGUUCGCCUUUUACGUCCUGGGAACGUUGGUCAUCGGUGUUACUGUGGCCUAUAACGACAAGAGCCUGCUCAACGCCAUCAGCAGCGGCUCACAUGGCGCAGGUGCCUCACCCUUUGUCAUCGCCAUCCAGAACGCAGGCAUCAAGGGCUUGAACCACGUUAUCAACGCUGCUAUCCUGACUUCCGCCUGGUCAUCAGGAAACGCUUGGCUCUUCUCCGGUUCACGUAUGCUCUACUCCCUCGCCCUCACAGACCAAGCCCCCAAGAUCUUCNNCCUUCGCUGCAACAAGAAGGGUGUUCCAUGGGUAGCUGUACUCUUCACCUUCUGCGUCGGCUGUCUCGCUUUCUUGAACGUAAGCAACAGUGGCGCUUCCGUCUUCAACUGGUUCACAAACAUUACCACCAUCUCUGGCUUCAUCGCUUGGAUUGUCGUGCUGAUCACUUACCUCCGUUUCCGUCGCGCAAUGUUGUUCCACAAUAUGCUUGACGCUUUGCCCUUCCGCACACCUUUCCAACCCUACUCUUGCUACUUCUCGCUUGUGGUCAUGGUGCUUGUCACCUUAACUAAUGGCUUCUACGUCUUCGUGCCUAGCAAGUGGAAUGUCUCUGACUUCUUGGUUUGCUACAUCACCAUUCCUAUCUUCUUGGUCUUGUGGUUUGGUCACAAGGUUUGGAGCAAGAAUUGGAAGUGGUGUAUCCCUAUUGAGGAGGUGGAUGUGUGGAGUGGCAAAGACCUUGCUGAUGCAGAGGAGUUGGAAUACGAAGUCAGAGAACCGAGAAACUGGGUUGAGAAGGUGUGGUUCUGGGUUGUUUGA